AUGCCCAAGCGAAAGCGCGGCGAGCCCAGCUUGGAAGACAAGCUUGAGAAGCAAUGCAAUGAGGUCUUUCGGGCUCUCAAGUCCGCCAAGGGCUUUGAGCGUCAGAGACUCAGCAAGAGGCUUCGUGAGGAUGGCAUCGGGCCUGACAAGAAGGAGAGAUUGGAGCGUGAGGUGACUGUGCUAAAGUCUCUUGACCUACACCAGACCGCUCGCGCACACAUGUACUCGUCCCUCCUCAAGGUCAAGACCCUCGCCGCGUCCCCCGACCUGCCCGAAGAGAUCCGCGCCGGUGUCCCUAAGCCCGAGCUAUCCCCCGACGAGCAGGCCGCCCUGCAUAAUGUUACCAGCGGACUGUAUAACCGAGAGCCCGUGAAGCAAGCCGUCGACCGCGCCGUCACUGCCGUGUGCCAAGCACUCAACGUCCCCCUUCCCGAGAAAGCGAAGCGAUCACGCAAGUCCAAGAGGGAGGAGAAGGAGGACCAGCCAUCCGACCGGAUAGAAAAGGCUACCAAGACGGAGGAGGAAGCUCCCGAGGACGAUGUGCUGGUAUCAGUAGAGGAAGAAGAGGAUGCCUACGACGAAGAGUCAGAGUUUGAAGGAUUCUCGGACGUCGACGCAGCUGCUCAGGACAUUGAAGAGAUGGACAGCGGGGAUGAAGCCGACGAGGAGAAAGAGCUAUCCAAGUACGACGACUUGCUAGGCGGUUCCUCGGACGAAGACGAAGACUUUGACGACGAACGAUUCGCACAGUUCAGGGGCAAGGAAAAGGUGAACCUCGACGACAUCUCCGUCUCCGGCUCAGACGCAGAGCCAGGGCUCGAUUCAGAUUCCGAUUCCGAACCAGAGGCUCGUAAACAAGUCUCAGUUUCCCUAUCGCCCUCGCCACCUCCGGCAAAGAAGAAGAAGAAGGACAAGACGGCUCCCGCCCGCCCUCGCGAUUCCACCUUUCUCCCCUCCCUCAUGGGCGGCUACAUCUCUGGCUCCGAAUCCGCCUCGGAUGUGGAUGUCGCACCCUCCAAGAAGCGUCUCGGCCAGCGCCAACGCCAGGCCAUCUGGGAGAAGAAGUUUGGCACCAGGGCGAAGCACCUCCAGCGACCAGCCAAGCAGCGCGGAGGUCGUGACUCAGGCUGGGAUAUGAAGCGCGGUGCCGUGGAGGGAGGAGACGACCAACAGCGCACGCCCUGGAAGAAGGGCAUCCGCAAUCCGCUCACCAGACAGGCCGCCGAUUCCAAGCCUGAGGUCCAGAGACCGCCGACUAAGAAGGACGACGAGGGUCCGCUGCAUCCCAGCUGGGCCGCGAGGAAGCAGGCAAAGGCGUCUGAGAAGACGGCGGCGUUUGCGGGAUCAAAGAUUACGUUUGACUGA